AUGUCAAGUAGAAUUCAAUUAAAAAAUGCAAUUGUUUAUGAUAAUGUUAAUUCGGGUAUUCGAUGUGUUACAGUCAUUAAUCAUCAAUCAAAUGGUCUUCUAAAUCAUCGUAUUACAUUUUAUAAUGAAAAUAUUGGUUCGUCUGUAAUAAAUUCAAUUGUUAUUGAUGGUGUAAGAGCAUCAUCAAGUCCAGUUAUGUUGGAAGAAGGUGGUCUUGUUGUUAUAUGGAAUCGUGGUCUUCGUAUACACAGUAUUUCAUUUAUUAAUUUUCCAAAUGCAAAUACACAAGCUAUUUUUGGAGCAGUUAUCAUUGGACGUUGUACCACAUAUGAUGGUAUAUAUCAAGAUUUAGAUGGUUCAUUAUCUGGUGUAACUAAUGGUAUAAUCCUUUCACCUGAUGCUCUUACAUCAAGUGCAUGUACAUCAACACUAAAUUUUCAUAAUGCAAUAACAUGUCCGUCAUUAUUGGAUACAUGGAUUCGAUCUGCAUUUAAUAAAACUAAUUUAGAACAAAAUGGUGAAGUUUUAAAUGUUUAUGAUACAUCAAAUCGUCAUACAGUUGUACUUUAUCUUCAUAAACGAUUUACACAUUCUAAUAUUUAUAUGAUGAAUUUAUUAGCUGGACAAACUUAUUUAUGUCAAUUUCAAAAUACUAAUAGUUCUAUUAAUAUAUUUUAUUUAGGUGUUGCUUAUGGUUUGGCACCUGGUAAUUAUCUUAUUAUUCGUCAUAAUGUUGAUUAUAUGCCUGAUCGUUAUAACGAUUAUCAGGAAGAACGUACUGGUUAUCAAUUGAAAAGAAAAGCUGGUUUUCAUCUCAGUGGAGUAGAACGUGGUCGUCAUAAUUUUACUUCUGAGUCUCUUUCAUUCAUGCGUCCGGUUUAUAAAAAAGCAGUUGAAAAAAUCAUUGAAGAUGAAGAAAACCGUGAUCCAACGUCAUCAACAACUGUCGAAAAUGACGACGAUAACCAAUAUUAUGGUGAACCUGUACCAGAACUUGCAACAGCAAAUGAUAAUACAAAUAGUUACCCAUGUUUACGUGCAAAUGCGGCGCAGUUGUUAAAAAAGUGGCGACAUGGGUAUGUUACUACUGAAUGUCAACAACUUGAUACAGAAACUAAUAUAAAUAAUCCUAGUAGUAAUAACUUGCAAGAUAAUACUGAAAUUAUUGUUAAUGUUGAUGCAGAUAAUAAUGGUAAUGUUGAUCGUAUAUCUGAUUCUAGUCCUCGAUUAAAUCGAGCUAUUAGUGAUCAAUAA